AUGAUUUGGAAGAGUAGGAAUCACACUGUUUUCAGAAACCAAACAUGGAGCAUAGAGGAGAGCAUUGCAAGAAUUCAGCGCAUGGAGCUUUUUGCUUGUAACUUGGGUCGUAGUUCAGUUCUUCAAGCUGGAUUAUGGGCCAUUUUUCAUGGCAUUCAACUAGCCAGGGAGCGUGUUCUCUUCAAACUGGAGUUUCAAUCAGACUCUAGAGAAGCAAUAGAUUUGGUGAACGAAGGCUGGGAUGAUUCUAAUGAAGCCUUUCCAAUGGUUAGGGCUAUCAAGGAGGCUAUUCAACCGUAUCUGCAGGUGAUCUUUAAGCACAUUCUAAGAGAAGGAAAUUUAACCGCUGGUGCUAUGGCCAAAUUCGGGCUUUCAAUGGGGCAGAGUCUCUUUUUUGUUGAUCCUCCAGAUUUUGUUCUGCCAAUGCUUUGUGCAGAUAAGACAGCUUUUAGUGUUCCUGUAUAA